CAACUCCCUCUGUUCAUUAGUAGGCUAUGCUGCGUUUGAACGGAGGCAGACAGGGGAUAGACAUGUAACCGGUCAGAAAUAACUUCACAUUUAAUACGAGGAGUAACCGGGGACCGGGAUCUUAAACCUUUGGAUUUUUUUCCGCUCUGGAUAUUUUCCUUUAUUUAGUCGUCUCGGGGGAAUAUUUCCCCUUAACGUUAGAUUUCCCUCUGUGAGAUCUUGAGCCAGUAACGGUCCUUUUUUUUCCCCCCAGAGCUAGCACAAAACCAUACCUGUCUCAGGUCUCAUGUAGCUAGUCAGUCUAUUCGCUUCUGUAGAUAGCUAGCUAAACCAGCGGACGCUAAAAUAGAGAAUAUCUUUAACUAAUGGUGUUCAACAAAACGAUGUGAAUUUCCCUUCCCAUGAGGUAACCAAGCCCAGCCGUUGGCAUCUGAAACAGCUGGGUCGUGUCGAGACGAUUGUGGAUUAAACGUUUUUUCCUCCCCGAAUAUCUCCGAGAAACCCCGGACCUGGUUUUUCAGUGGCCAACAUGAGCGUCGAUUUAAUUAAAUCAACUACAUGAGUGGAGCCAAAACAAACGCAUAUUUCUUCCAAGGAGUGCACAUUUUUAAACAGGGCCAGUUGUCCUAGAAAAUAUGGAAAGCGAGGUUUUUACCCCUUUGCUGGAGCAGUUUAUGCUCACGCCUCUGGUCUGCUGGGUGAAGACAGUCGGGCAGGCGACAUUGGUCGAUGGCACCCAAUUAUCAGAAUAUAUUGAAUUAGUGGAUGGGAUUUACCUGAACGAGAUAAUGCUUGAGAUAAAUCCUAAGGCCACGGUGCAGAGGACCAACAAGAAGGUGAACAAUGACGCAACACUGCGCAUCCAGAACCUUUCUAUUCUCAUCAGGCAGAUUAAAGCCUACUAUCAGGAGACUCUCCAGCAGCUGGUGAUGAUGCCUUUACCAAACGUGCUGGUACUGGGCCGGAACCCUUUGUCUGAGCAAGGCCUGGAGGAGAUGAAAAAACUGUUGCUGCUGCUACUAGGCUGUGCUGUCCAGUGUGAGAAGAAGGAAGAGUACAUUGAGUGUAUCCAGACUCUGGACUUUGACACCAAAGCUGCCAUAGCAUCCCACAUCCAAGAGGUGACUCAUAAUCAGGAGAACGUAGUGGACAUGCAGUGGUUGGAAAGUGGGGAAAUGCCUCCUGAGGACCUGGACAGCCUCUCCAGAAAUCUGGCUUUUCACCUCAAACGCCUGGUGGAUGAGAGGGACACACAGCUGGAGACUAUAGUGGAGUUAACCCAGGAGAGAGACUGUGUGCAGCUGUCUCCACUGGCUCCCUGUCCGACCCAGUCUCCCGGUGACUCCCCCAGUAUCAGGAGGACCGAAAGCCGACAGCACCUCUCAGUGGAGUUGGCUGAUGCCAAGGCCAAGAUCAGACGCCUUCGACAGGAACUAGAGGAGAAGAGUGAGCAGCUUAUGGACACCAGGCAGGAGCUUGAGAACAUGGAAGUGGAGCUCAAAAGGCUUCAGCAAGAGAGCUACCAGUUACUGUCGGACGCUCGGUCGGCUCGGGCCUACCGUGAUGAGCUGGACGCACUCAGAGAGAAAGCAAUCCGUGUCGAUAAACUGGAGAGCGAGCUGAGCCGAUACAAGGAGAGACUUCACGACAUUGAGUUUUACAAGGCCAGAGUCGAGGAGCUGAAGGAGGACAACCAGGUCCUGUUGGAGACUAAGAGCAUGUUGGAGGAGCAGCUGGAUGCUAGCCGUACCCGCUCCGACAAACUGCACCUCCUGGAGAAAGAGAGUCUGCAGCUGAAAUCCAAGCUCCACGACCUGGAGAUGGAGCGGGACAUGGACCGUAAGCGUAUGGAGGAGCUGUUGGAGGAGAACCUUGUGCUUGAGAUGGCCCAGAAACAGAGCAUGGAUGAGUCCCUGCACCUGGGCUGGGAGCUGGAGCAACUAUCCAAGACACCAGAUCUGACUGAAGCCCCUCAGAAGUCUCUGGGCGAGGAGGUGAAUGAGCUGACCUCAAGCCGCCUGUUGAAGCUGGAAAAAGACAACCAGACCCUGCUGAAGACUGUGGAGGAGCUCAGAGGAGCAGCCAGUCAGGACACCGUGACAAAGCUGGCCAAAGUCAGCCAGGAAAACCAGAGACUGAACCAGAAAUUGGAGCAGCUGGGGAGUGAACUGACAGCAGACAGAGAGUCGCUCCUUAGCGCUGAAUCACUCAGUACUGACCUGAUGAAGGAGAAGGCUUUACUGGAGAAGACUCUGGAAACACUCAGAGAAAACUCUGAGAGACAGCUGAAGGGCCUGGAGCAGGAGAACAAGCACCUGAGCCAGACGGUGUCGUCCCUGCGUCAGCGCUGCCAGGUUGGUGCUGAGGCCCGGGUCAAGGAUGUGGAAAAAGAGAAUCGCGUUCUCCACGAGUCCAUCUGCGAGACAACCGCCAAACUCAACAAGAUGGAGUUUGAAAGGAAACAACUACGUAAGGAGCUUGAAGUGGUGAAGGAGAAAGGUGAGAGAGCAGAAGAGUUGGAGAUUCAGAUUCAGAAGCUAGAAAGGGACAAUGACAGCCUGCAGAAGAAAGUUGCCAGCCUUGGAAUCACCUGUGAAAAGGUGUCUUCUUUGGAGAAGGAGAACACUGAGCUGGAGGCAGAGGGCCGUCGUCUGAAGAAGAAACUGGACACUCUGAAGAACAUGGCUUUCCAGCUGGAGGCUCUAGAAAAGGAGAACUCGCAGCUGGAGCAGGAGAACCUGGAGCUUCGGCGCUCAGCGGAGAGUCUCCGGUCAGCGGGAGCUAAGGCCGCUCAGCUGGAAGCCGAGAACAGGGAGCUGGAGAGCGAGAGGAGCCAGAUGAAGCGCAGCCUGGAACUGCUCAAGGCCUCGUCCAAAAAGACAGAGAGAUUAGAGGUGAGUUACCAGGGCCUAGAUACAGAGAACCAGCGCCUGCAGAAGGCUUUAGAGAACAGCAGCAAGAAGAUUCAACACUUGGAGGCAGAGCUGCAAGAGGUGGAGACUGAGAACCAAACCCUCCAACGCAACCUGGAGGAGCUCAAGAUCUCCAGUAAACGCCUGGAGCAGCUGGAGCAGGAGAACAAGACUCUGGAGCAGGAAAGCUCCCAGCUAGAGAAAGACAAGAAGCUACUGGAGAAGGAGAACAAGCGGCUGAGGCAGCAGGCCGAGAUCCGCGACUCCAAGCUGGAUGACAACAACCAGCGGAUCUCCACCUUGGAGAAAGAGAAUCGCACCAUGGGCAAGGAGAUGAUCUUCUUCAGGGACUCCUGCACGAGAGUCAAAGACCUGGAGAGAGAGAACAAGGAGCUGGUCAAACUGGGCACCAUCGAUAAGAAGACCCUCAAUGCACUCAGAGAGGAGCUUGUGAGUGAGAAGCUGCGGACUCAGCAGAUGAAUAAUGAUCUGGAGAAACUGACCCAUGAGUUGGAAAAGAUUGGACUGAACAAAGAGAGGCUGCUGCAUGACGAGAGCUCUGACGACAGGUUUAAGCUCCUGGAAACCAAAUUGGAGUCGACUCUGAAAUCAUCUUUGGAGAUUAAAGAGGAGAAGAUCGCCGCCCUAGAGGCCAGACUGCAGGAGUCCUCCAACCUCAACCAGCAACUUCGGCAGGAGCUCAAGACAGUGAAGAAGAACUACGAAGCGCUGCGUCAAAGGGAGGAGGAGGAGAGGAUGGUGCAGAGCUCGCCCCCUAGAGGAGGGGAGGACCCUCAGGCUUUCAGUAAAUGGGAGAAAGAGAGUCAUGAAGCCACCAGAGAACUGCUGAAAGUCAAAGACAGACUCAUUGAGGUGGAGAGGAAUAAUGCCACGCUACAAGCUGAGAAGGCGGCCCUGAGGAGCCAACUUAAACAACUGGAAACUCAGAGCUCCAAUUUGCAGGCUCAGAUAGUGGCAGUGCAGAGACAGACUGCUUCUUUACAGGAAAACAAUACGACACUACAGACACAGAACGCCAAGCUGCAGGUGGAGAACUCCACUCUGAGCUCGAAGAGUGCAUCCCUCAUGGCCCAGAACGCCCAGCUGCAGAGCCAGCAGAGCAGCGUGGAGGGUGAGCGUGAGGGUGCUCUGAAGGACAAAGAGGAGCUCAGGUCCACCUACGAGAUGCUCCUCCGCGAUCAUGAGAAGCUGGCGGCGCUCCACGAGAGGCAGGCGGCCGAGUAUGAAGCUCUGAUCGGAAAGCACGGGGGCCUGAAGAGCUCCCACAAGAGCCUGGAGCAGCAGCACCGAGACCUGGAGGACAAGUACAAGCAGCUCCUGCAGAGGAAGGGGGAGCUAGAGGAUCUGGAAAAAAAUCUGAAGGAGCAGCAGGAAAAAAUGGCGCUGGAGAAUCAAACGCACCAAGCCACAGCUGGCCAGUACAAACUGCUCAAAGAGGAAAAUGAAAGGCUGAAUAAUACCUAUCGUCAGCUGGUGAAGGACAACGAGAAUCUCCAACUGGACCAUAAAAACACAAAGAGCCAGCUGAACAGCGCCAAGCUGGACCAGACCAAGCUGGAGGCCGAAUUCUCUAAACUGAAGGAGCAGUACCAGCAGCUGGACAUCACCUCCACCAAGCUCACCAACCAGUGUGAGUUGUUGAGCCAGCUGAAAGGAAACCUGGAAGAGGAGAAUCGCCACCUGUUGGACCAGAUCCAGACUCUGAUGCUACAGAAUCGCACUCUGCUGGAGCAGACCAUGGAGAGCAAGGACCUGUUCCACGUAGAGCAAAGACAAUACAUUGACAAGCUGAAUGAGCUGAGGAGACAGAAAGAGAAGCUGGAGGAGAAGAUCAUGGACCAGUACAAGUUCUACGACCCCUCACCUCCACGCAGGCGUGGCAACUGGAUCACUUUGAAGAUGAGGAAGUUGAUCAAGCCGAAGAGCCGGGAGAGAAUGCGCUCUCUCACGCUGACUCCCUCUCGCUCAGAGUCUGGCGACGGUUUCCUGAUGUUUCCCCAGGACAGCCAGGACAGCUCGUCCAUAGGCUCUGGCUCCAACUCGCUGGACGACACACUUACACAAAAGAGGAGCAGCAGGAGGAGAGGGCAGCAGCCCCAUGCCCAAGGGCAGGGUUCUACCAAUGCUAUAAAAAGGUUGCCUUUCAUGAGGAACAGAUCCAAGGACAAAGACAAGGCCAAGGCCAUCUACCGGCGCUCCAUGUCCAUGAAUGACCUGCUGCAGACCAUGGCGGUGGCGGGCGGUCCCGGGGCUCAGUGGGCGAACAGCAUCGAGAACCUAGACGGCGCUGAGGCCGGAGAUGCUGGCAUGACGGGCAGCAGCAGGCGCAGCGGGCAGCGCAUGAAGGAGCUCGCCUUUUCCACCAACGCCAUCGACUGUGCCACCCUCACCCUGCCUACUGCAAGGCAUAGCAGGGCCAAGCACCGGCUUCAGGUCAAAGAUAAUGCCUCCUGUGAGGAUGUUGCUGGCUCCUUAGAUGACCCCAAGAGUCAAGGCCUGCAGGUGUAUAGCAGUGCUCUGGCUCAGUGUCCUUCUACUGUUGAGCUGAGUGUUAUUUGCAGGGUGCCCUGUAGCAUCUGUUCCUCCAGACCCACCAGUCUCCAUAGCAACAGGAUCACCAGUAGUAAUGGUAACAAUAACUCCCAACUCUCUUCUCCUCUGGAGGGCAAAGGCACGAACGGCAGCCUCAGCAGGCCUCACAGUGAGAGCAGCGGAGAGUUCAGCCUGAGUUUGGACCAGGAGGUGUGGUCCAGCAGCGGCAGCAGCCCAGUCCAGCAGCCCACCUCCUCGCGCUCCUCCCACCAGAGCCCCCUGCAGCUGCGCAGGUCGCUCGACCCGUCCACUGCCGCAGGCAUCCCUGGCCAGACCCAGGUCAGGAAGACGGGAUCCCCGACCAACGAGGUGCUUUCCCUGCAGCAGUUCCUGGAUGAGGGUAUUGAUCCUGCAGAGUCCGGCAGUCAGGAGAACCUCACUGUAGACUCUCCUCGCCUCUCCACUUCUUCUGAGCAUGUGCAGAAAGAACGCACUACCACAAAGGGCCGAGGCAUAUUGCGCUCAUCCAGUGCGAAAGCAGCGCCGGUCAGCUCUGAUCGCCCACCGAGAUCGGCCGGACAACCGGGUCGCCCAACCCUGCGUAAGGCAGAAAGCACCCGUGUGAGAGGCUCCGUCCCAGUCCGCUCCAGCCUAUCAUCGCAGGGCAAAGCCACGUCUGUGUCUGAGCGCCUGGACUCUGCUUCCUCCACGCUGCCCCGGGCCAGCAGCGUCAUCUCCACUGCUGAGGGCACCACUCGGCGCACCAGCAUCCACGACCUGCUCUCAAAGGACAGCCGGCAGCCCGUGUCAGUCGAUGCUUCUUCUCCCGUCGCCUCCACCAAGGCUGGGGUACGCUCCCAGCCUACGCCCAGUGAGUACCACCCCAACAGCACCAAUCUAAAGGGACCCCUUACCACCAUCACUCCCCUGCCCAAGUCACUCAGCUUACCUUGCCAUAACUUGGAGGAUCCAGACCUCUCCACCCUUGAGUCUUUCCUCGGCCCUUCCUUCACAGUAGAGUCGGUGUUCAUGGACUCCAUCUUUAGUGAGUCGGCGGGCAAAAACCUCCCCUUCCUGUCUCUAAACCCCACCCUAGUCAGCAACAUCAGUGGGCCUCCUGUUCCAACUAAAACACACCCUCCUCCUAUCCCCAACCAUAUUUCCACCCAAAACCAGGCAACCCAUCACAGCCAAUCAAAUGGCCAGAUGGGAACCAGCCCAGCCAUAUCUGAAUAUAGCAAGGGCGUUGAUCCCAAUUGUGUGAAUAAUCCGGACCAGUCACUGAGCCCAGAGGACAACCAGUCUCUGUGGUAUGAGUACGGGUGUGUGUGAAUGACAGGGAGGUUCUGGCUUGCUGAUCUUUUUACCAGACUUGCGGUAAAGAGGGGAGAAUGAAAAGAAUGGAUAAAUGACAAAUCCUCCUCCUCCCCUGCAUGUAUUUAUUGGAGCACUAUCUCUGUCUGGUGUAUUUGUUUCGUUCUUUUCUGUUUGCCAUGGUGCUGGUUGGUGAAUCGCUGUUAUUUUUUUUUUAUUUUUAUUUUUUUUGUCACCUCCUGUUUUCUGCCUUGUUCUUAUCUCUGAGUUGAGACUUUGAUGAAUGUUCCUUAAUACAACAACCCUAUUAUUGUUUCCUCAUCAAAUCCGUUUCACUGGCUAACACUAUACUAUUAUCUGCAGUUUGGGGUUAAUGCAGGCUUAUUAUAUCUGUUAAUAGCUUACAUCUUUAUGUAGCAGUGAGCAGAAAUAUUGAAGAUUCAAUAAAUUUGUCACCAGGAUCCAUAAAAAAAAAAAAAAAAACCCACCAAAAACAUCUGAAUGUCAAAGCAUUGUGGGAGAGAUCUAGUAGCUGCAAUUUUUUAAUUACAAAUCCAAAUUUAAGAUUUUUUUUUUGUUAUGUAUCGGAUAAUAGCAUCAUUUUCCAUUUUCUGUUUAUGAUGUCUUGAUGAUGUAUGGGUGACUGAGUGUCUUUUUCACAGCUUUUUAACUCUGUUGCAUCAUUCAUUAAAUUGCACGGCUUUGUUCUGUCGACCUGAAACGCUCAUUUUGAUUGCUGUGAUCAAAAUGGUUAUCAUGUGUAUCUUCUUUUUGUUUGUGUUGAUGGUGUGUACUUUUGUUUUUGUACAUCUGACACCUUUCCUGUAUUUUCUUUGAUAUAUUAUUAACAGGAGCAUUUGUGCUGCGGGUUUUGAUCUGGUGGGUCUUAACGGACCUCUUGGGCUGGUGACAAAAUGAUGCAAGCUUCAUUCCCAAAAUGAUCUGAGGGAAGGGAUAGUUGGUUAAGUGAAAGUUGACAAUGAAGUUAGUGGAGUGUGACCAAGGUGAUUAUUAUAUUUUUAGUUUAAGGCAGCCCUUGAUGGAGGUAUUGAAACA